CUAUCAGAUCAUAUAAUUAGCAGAUAGGUAUGGAUUCAUCAAGAAUCACUCUCCGUCCAUAUAGAUCAACGGACGUUGAUGAUCUACUCUCAUGGGCAUCCGAUGAUCGCGUAACUCGCUCCAUCCAUUUCACUACUUUGACUUCCAAAGAAGAUGCGUUGACCUUCAUCGACAAGUCCUCCAUCCCCUGGCGUCGAUCUAUAUGCAUCGAUGACCGUUCGAUUGGGAUCAUGGUGGCACGGCCUGGAUCAGGCGAUGACAGGUGUCGAGCGGAGAUAGGAUAUGCUUUAGCUGCUGAGUACUGGGGACAAGGGAUUACACCCAUGGCUGUGAAGUUGGCAAUUCCUCUAAUUUUUAAGGAGUUUCCUGAAAUAGUAAGGUUGCAAGCAUUAUCUGAUGCUGAGAAUAAGGCAUCACAUAGGGUGUUGGAAAAGGCUGGGUUUAUUAAGGAGGGUAUGUUUAGAAAGUAUUUUUACUUUAAAGGUGAAAUUAAGGAUGUUGUACUUUAUAGUUUUCUUUCCACUGACUCUAUACCUACAUAAAAUUUGAAGAUCUGUGCUUUCAACAUUAGCUUCUUGAGCCUUAUUAAUUCAUAUACAAGUAUGUUGUACUUU